AUGGUCUUAGCAGAAUUGGGCUCACGUAUCACAACAGCCCUCCGAACCAUCAACUCACAAGCUGUUAUUGAUGAUGCUGCGAUCAGUGAAUUAUUAAAAGAAAUUGGUAAUUCACUUAUGGCUGCGGAUGUAAAUAUUCAACAAGUGAUUCAACUUCGUAAUGGUAUAAAAGCAGGAUUGGAUUUUGAAAAACUACCAAAAGGUAUCAAUAGAAGAAAUCACAUUAAAGCUGUAGUUUAUCAAGAAUUAUUUUUUGAAAUAGGUUUGCAAGGUGCUGGUAAAACAACAACUUGUACCAAGUAUGCAAGAUAUUAUCAAAAGAAGGGAUUCCGUUCAGCACUUGUUUGUGCCGAUACAUUCCGUGCUGGUGCUCUUGAACAAUUGAGACAAAACGCAGCUAAGGUUCAAAUUGCCUUCUAUGGUGACGAAUAUGAAACCAAUCCAGUUAAAAUUGCAAAGGAUGGUGUGGAACAAUUCAAAAAUGAAAAAUAUGAAGUCAUUAUUGUAGAUACUUCAGGAAGACACAUGCAAGAAGAAUCUCUGUUUGAAGAAAUGGAACAAGUUUCUCAAGCAGUUAAUCCAGAUGAAGUCAUUUUCGUCAUGGACAGUAGUAUUGGUCAAAGUGUUAAAGAACAAGCAGCUGCUUUCAAAUCUAGAGUAUCUGUAGGAAGUGUGAUUGUUACCAAAUUGGACGGUCAUGCCAAAGGUGGUGGUGCUUUGAGUGCUGUUGCAGCUACCAAAUCACCAAUUACAUUUAUUGGUACCGGUGAAGAUUUUGAUAAUUUCCAACAAUUUAAUGCUGAAAGCUUUGUUUCUAGACUUUUAGGACAAGGUGAUCUCAAAACACUUUUAACUACAGUUCAAGAAGCUGUAGAUCCAACAAAACAACCACAAAUGUUUGAUAAUAUUGCUAAAGGUAUUUACACAAUCAGAGAUAUGAGAGAACACUUUACAUCAAUAAUGAAGAUGGGUCCUCUGUCACAAGUAAUGUCAAUGAUACCUGGAUUCAGUGAACAAUUAUUACCAAAAGGAUCAGAACAAGAAAGUAAUGCAAGAUUAAAGAAAUACUUAACAAUAAUGGACUCUAUGAAUGAUACUGAAAUGGAUUGUACAGAUAUAACUAAAUUACCGAACAUGCAAUCAAGAAUAAUGCGUAUUGCUAGAGGAAGUGGUAGAACACCAAAAGAUGUUCAAGAAUUAUUGGAACAAUUUAAAGUAUUCCAAUCCAUGAUUGGAAGAGUGAAGGAUCUCAACUUAGCUAACAUGAAAUCGCCUAAAGAUUUACAAAAACUUUCUAAAAAUUUACCAAAUACUCUCAAAGGUGAUUUAGGCAGUAUGUUUGGAGGUGCUGCAGGAGAAAUCUAAGGAAUCAUCCGAAAAGAAUCUCACAAAGAAAAGAGUUAUUGUUGAAUAUGUUCCACCAUACACUAGAAAGAAUUACAGUGUCGCUGUUGCCAUCCCUGGAUGUGUACUUGAUUCAAACAUGUCAGAAGAACAAAAGACAUUAUUGUGCAUUUCUAUAGCUCGUGCUUGUAC